CGAAGUUUGAAACGGAAUGUUACGCGGGGUUGGGCUCAUAGUACCUGAGGCGAGUUCAAUCAAACGAAACCUGACUUUUAUGCGGUUGCUGGCUUCCUUAAAAUUAUGGGAGCGAUCCGUUUUCAGUAAUUCAGUGCCUCUUCCAAUUCCAUCACUUGAAACUUCAUUGUGCACCCAAAUUGUCUGACGUGACAACAAUCCAAACUACUUUAAGUGUAAAACCCAACGCUUUUACACCAUUUGCCAACUGUGCAAAAAUAUGUUGGGGUGAACACGGAAUGAAGCGCCCUCUAUUUGCUAUCUUAGAAAAUACCGUAAGGCCCAAUUUGAUUUACUGCUUUGUGUGGAAGUCGUCUGAGCAUUUAUUGGAUCUUCUAAUAGUGCGCUGAAUUGUCCAUAGACAAUUCAGCGCACUACAUGUUACUGUUGAGGCAAAAUUCUGCACUAGUUGACACCCACAUGCUACAAGCACUAGAGAUGUGCUGGAUGUUAAUUAUUAGCAUUUUAUGUCACCAUUGUUAUGAGUAGCAUACACUUGUCACCUUGUGCAUAGUUUUGCCCCGCUAUCGUAGUUAUCCUACUAGUAUGCCAAAGUUGUACUAGUGAGGAUAUUUAGUUUCAGGUCCAGCUACUCGCAUGCUUUUUGUCCUCACUAGUAAGACAAUUUAGUGCACUCGUAGAACAACUAGCAAUGUUAUUUUCCACAUUUCUACACACUAAUAAGACAGCUUUGGCAUAUUAGUCGGACAGCAGCACGUUACUAGUGAGGCAACACUGUGUUCUAGCGGACAUCUGUGCGCUACUAGUACCACUAAUGGUAAUUGCUUGAAUUUUGCCAGCUACUGCACAGUUCUGCCUCACUAGUAGCGUGGUUGUUGUACAAGUGCGCCGUAGUCAUUCUAAUAAUGCCCAGAAAUGUCGUGGAAAAGCAUCACUAGUAAGACGGUUGUUCUCAAAGAGCGUACUAGUGCAGUACACGGACGAUUUAUCACACUAGUAGGAUAUUGAAUAAAUGCUCAAUUGGCUUGCCCAUAGCUUCAGUUAAUUGUCUCCGGUGUCGUCGAUGGCUCAUCGGGGCCAAACAAGCAAGCUCCACACUUCCUGUUUCUGACAGCAGAGAGCACGCCAUGCUAUCUACAACACACACGCAGGAAAAGCUGACAAGCGCGGGCUGGGUGGCACGGGCUGUGGCAUGUGUGCCGCUUGAUUUCUUUUCAGGAAAGGGGCCGCACGAAGUGACGUGCGCUGGAGCCUGCCGCGGAUGAAAGUGACCCUGUGGAUGUUUGACGGACUGUGGGAGGGGCUCGAGUCAUGUGGGGGACAAAUGAGAAGAAGAAGAAAAAGAAGCAGAUCCAGUCUCCCGUUGAUGAGCGGCAGCGUCGGACGACAUGCGCUUCCAUCACCAGGGGGGCCUCACGUGGGCGACCAUGUUGGGUCAGAGCGUGCGUCUGCAGCCCGUGGCCAUCCAGAACCUGUCGGAAGUGGAGCGAGCCAGACUCCAGCAAGUGGCCUUGUUCCACCUUGACCAGAGGGACCUGGACUUUAAGAUCAGCAUUCCAAGAGAAAUACGCAAACGUCAAAAAUCACUGCGCAGGAAGUUUGACUCUUUUUCCAAGGAAAAAAAAGAGCGUGAAUCUGCCCCCAAGGCGUUCGGCAUUCCGCUCUCGCAGGUCAUCGCCAAUGACCGGGCCUUCAAGCGGCGUCAGGACGCCUUGAAAGAGAGCCGACGGGACUGCUUGGAGCUGGAGGCCAGCAUCCUGCGCUUCAGGGCCGAGAAGCGGCAACUGCUCUCGGGGGCCGCGCACACCUCGCCGCCCGCGUACUCCGUCGUGGCCCCGGCGCCGCCGCAUUCUGUUCUGGACGCCGUGGGACGAGGACAGAGACGGGGCGGCCUCUCGGUGGACUCCAUCUCCGACCUGGUGGACAGUCAGUCCCGCUUGCUGGAGGCGCUGCAGCUCUCCCAUCCGUCGGAGCUGGAGCUGAAGAAGAGCUUGUCGGAGGGCAGGAGCCAAAGCAGGCUGAGCCUCAACCCCGUCUACCGCCAGGUGCCUCGGGUUCUGGAGCGCUGCUGCGGCCACAUCGAGGCCCACGGUCUUCAGACGGUGGGCAUUUUCAGAGUGGGGAGCUCCAAGAAGAGGGUGCGCCAGCUGAGGGAGGACUUUGACGCAGGCGUGGACGUUCAGCUGGACGAGGAGCACAGCGUGCACGACGUGUCGGCCUUGCUCAAAGAGUUUUUGAGGGACAUGCCGGACCCUGUGCUCACACGAGAGCUGUACCCCGCCUUCCUCCACGCCAACCUCCUCCGGGGAGCGGAGCAGCUACAGUACCUGCAGCACCUCCUCUACCUGCUGCCUCCCUGCAACUGCGACACGCUACUGCGCCUCCUCACUUUCCUGAACACGGUGCACAGCUUCGCCCAGGACAGCGUCGGCGCCAACGACGAGGAGAUCCCCGGUAACAAGAUGACCGCCGCGAACCUGGCGGUCAUCUUUGGGCCCAACCUGCUCCAGAGGGAACGAGGAGGAGACGCCGGUCCGCAGGCCAUGGGGAUCGAGGACAGCACGGCUGUCAUUAACGUCACCCUGGUGCUCAUGCAGAACUACAGGAGGCUUUUCAUGGUGAGCGCAGAGCUGCAACAGGAAGUCCUGGUGAGUCUGAUCCAGAGCGACCCCGACAUUAUCGACUAUCUGCUCCGCCGCAAACUCAGUGGCAGUUACACGACGGCGGAAAGCGGCGCCGGGUCGGGGGCCCGCCGGGACACGGGGGUGUCUCUGGACUCCGUCGGGGCCUCCAGCGGGAGUCUGUCCCCGAUGGAGCCCCGCUCGUCUCUCGAGGGCGGCCUGAGUAGCGAGGUCUUCCUCAGCGUGCUCAAGAUGAACCAGAGCGGGAAGCAGCGCGACAACAGAUACGGAGACGCUCGACCCGGCAAAUCCAUCCGCCACAUGCGACAGUUCCACUCCCACCACAACCUGCUCAGUUUGGCCCAGCCCGCCUUCUGCUCCGUGUCCUCCGGCGCGCACCACCCGGCGGACGCGGGCAGCGUUUGGGUGAGCCAGGGGCCACCCGAGGAAGGCAAGGGCAGACUCUGGGACUUCUUCACGGGGAAAGGCUCGGGCUCCGAGACCUUGGUAUGACGGUGACGGUGGUGGGCUGUGUUCGGAAUCGUUGACUCAUUCCUGUUCCCAUCUCAGUGGACUUUUCUCUUUGACAAACACUGUGCGGGUGUGACACGAUGAAAAGGAAUCAUCACGUGUACAUACUGUAAUGUACUUUUUUUUUUUGGCACAUUUUAGAGCUGCAUGACUCAAAACUAUUUUGUUCGUUAGCGUUCUGUAAUAUGCAAUAAAGUGUCCACUGUCAA